UGUCAUUCGCUUCUCCUUCGGUUACACCUCAGUAAACUUCUUUUUUUUCUUCUUCCUCUUCAUCUCUAUAUAUUCCUUCAAUAAAAAAAAUUUCUAUUUUUUCAUUACAAAAGUGAUAGAAUAAAAAAUUAAGUGCUAUUUGGAUUUUUUGUGUAUUUUUUAUUGUUAACUAAUAUUAACAAACGUGAAGGAAAAAAUGUUAAUUCGAUCAGAUUUACAAUGCAUUGUUAUUUUUUAUUACUUUGCAAUUGUUUUACAUUCGAUUUGUGCUGAAGUUAAAUUUAACAACAAUUCCAAAGUUUAUCAAAAUGAAUGGGUAGUUAGGAUUCAAGGAGGACCGGAAGUAUCCACACUACUCGCAUUGAGAUCAGGUUACAUUCACAUGGGACCAGUUCUUGGAUUUGAAAAUACAUAUUUAUGGCACAAAAGUAAAAAUCCAGAUCAAAGAAAAAGAGGGAUUUCUCAUUCGUUAAAAAUAUUAGACUCAACAUCAAAAAUAGUGUGGGCAGAAGAACAAAAAGUUAUUACCCGUCAUAAGAGGGAUUACAUCGUGUUGGACGAUAUUGAAUCAGAAAAGCCCUUGAUAAGAGAAAAGCGACUGCCUUUUGCUUUCAAUUCUGACUGCCAUGGUCAGUGUUCGAGAGAAAUUGAUAAAAAUAAAGGAAAACUUAAUACUCUAACAAUAGAUGAAUCAGAGAAUGUGAAAAUUUUCAACGAUGAACUUUGGGAUCAAGAAUGGUAUUUGCAAGACACACGAUCAAACAGAAACCUCCCUAAACUGGAUUUGAAUGUACUACCCUUAUACCGACUGGGGAUAACUGGUAGAGGCAUAAGGGUUGCAGUUUUGGAUGAUGGCUUGGAAUAUACCCACGAUGAUCUUCGAAAUAAUUACGAUCCCGAAAUCAGUUAUGAUGUUAAUAACAGAGAUAAUGAUCCAAUACCUCGUUAUGAAGCAACAGGAUUAAAUAGACAUGGAACCAGGUGUGCUGGUGAAAUUGCAAUGGAAGCUGACAAUAAAAAAUGUGGUGUCGGAGUGUCUUUUGAAGCAUCAAUUGGUGGAAUUAAAAUGCUAGACGGAGUUGUUAACGACCGGGUCGAAGGUGAGGCUCUUGGUUAUAAGCCAGAAUUGGUCGAUAUUUAUACAGCAUCGUGGGGUCCAGCAGACGAUGGGAAAAGUUUAGAAGCACCGGGCAGAUUGGCCUCUGAAGCACUCGAAAGGGGAGUCAAACAGGGUCGAAAAGGAAAGGGUAGCAUAUAUGUUUGGGCUUCAGGAAAUGGAGGAUCAAAAUCUGACGAUUGCGGUUGUGAUGGUUAUGUUGGUAGCAUUUACACAGUGGCAGUUGGAUCUGCCAGCCAAACUGGAAGAUUUCCUUGGUAUGGUGAACGAUGUUCAGCAACCCUUGCAACAACUUAUAGUAGUGGAGCUUAUCACGAUCAAAUGAUUGUAACAACAGAUUUAAAAAAUAAGUGCACAAUAAAGCACACUGGAACAUCUGCUUCUGCUCCAUUAGCUGCAGGCAUUUUAGCACUGGCUCUUCAAGCAAAUGAGGAAUUAACAUGGAGGGAUGUUCAACAUCUCAUAGUGUACACAUCGGAAUACAGCCCCCUUAGAGAUAAUUUAGGAUGGUUUAAAAAUUCUGCUGGAUUCUGGUACAACCCACGUUUCGGGUUUGGAUUAAUGAACGCUUACUCUCUAGUGGUUGCCAGUUAUAAUUGGACAACAGUUCCGAACAAGAAUAUUUAUAAAAUUCAAGCGGAUUCUGGAUACAACUCAACUCUGAGUUACGGGAGCUCGAGAAUUUUGAAAUUUCACAUGAAUGAAGGUGUUAGCUCUGAGGAAGACAUAGAUUUCUUAGAACACGUUCAAGUUGAAACGAAUAUGAAAUAUAGCAUUCGUGGCUCUCUUCAAAUGCAUUUGACAGCACCUUCAGGUACAAAGGUAGAAAUCCUGAAUCCAAGAGCACUAGACAAAUCAUCUGAUGGUUUCACAAAGUGGAAAUUCAUGUCGGUAGCAACUUGGGGUGAAAACCCCCAUGGGGUUUGGCUUCUUGAAAUAUUGGAUGUGAGUGGUCCAGCGACAAAUAAUGGAACUUUAGAAGAUUUUACACUAAUUCUCCAUGGAACGAAAGAGAUUCCCCAAUAUCGUAAAAGUGGUCCUCGAUUUUAUAAUGACGAAUAUAAUCGUUCACGAAAAAUGAAUGAUUUUGAUUAUAAGAAAGAAACAUCCAUCAAUGAAAUGAAUAAAAAUUCAGAAAAAUCUUUCUCUCGACAAGUGGAAAAACGUAAAAAAUAUUCAGAACGAGAUUGGAUCAUUCAUCUUCUAUUCGAACAAUACGGAAAUUAAUGUAUACCUACAUUAUCAGGGUAGCCACAAGUUAGAGAAACGUAUAGAAAAUUAUUAUUAUUUUUUUUCUUUUUAGGGAAUUUUGCGUGUAAAAUUUUUUAACAAUUUUUGUCUCUACAACUCUCAAAAUUUGAAUUAGUAAAAAAUGUUUAUUAAUUUAAAUUAGUAACUCACUUUUUACUUUAGAAUUAGUAAAAUUUUACUAAUUUUUAGUAAAAGUUACUAAUGAUUAGUAAAAUUUUACUAAUUCAGAAGCAAAAAGUGAGUCACUAAUUCAAAUUAGUAAACAUUUUUACUAAUUCAGAUUUAGAGAGAAGGGAUUAUUAUAGAUUAUCACCUAUUCACUUU